AAUAUCUUAUUCUAUACAUUCAAAAACAAACUUAGAAUUUGGGCCUUAUUUAGAAACUGGGCCUGAAUUUUGUUUCUAUUGUUGAAUCAAAUAAAUUAACUUAAUACAUGUUUUAAUGAUGGAUCGGUAGAUGAAACCCAAAGUUCAUUGCUAAACUGGGAGAAAAGAUUUUGCAUUAUCAAGGGUAUUGUUCAAGGGUUAUCCUAUCUGCACAAUUACGCAACACCUUCCAUUAUUCAUAGAGAUCUAAAGCCAAGUAACAUAUUACUUGGUAAAGAUAUGAUCCCAAAAAUAUCAGAUUUUGGGAUGGCCAAACUUUUGGAAAAUGACGAGAUACAAUCUACGACGGGUAAGGCUGUUGGAACGCGAGGUUACAUGUCUGAAGAAUACGCGUUACAUGGAAAAUUGUCGGAAAGAUCAGAUAUAUUCAGCUUUGGGGUCACGCUUCUUGAAAUUGUUACUGGAAAACGCAAUAUUGAGUAUUGCAAUUAUUAUCGCGGUGAUAGUCUUCUUGACUACGUAUGGAGGCACUUUGAUGAGGGGAACAUUUUACAUGUUGUUGAUCCGAACUUUGUAGACUCUUCAUUGGUAGAAGAGGAGUUAUGGAGAACUAUACAAGUGGGUCUACUGUGCGUACAAAAUGAUGAAGACGACAGACCAAGCACAGAAUCCGUCGCUUUAAUGCUGUCAACCUCGAAAAUGGAAAUACCUCUACCAAAGAAACCUAAUUACUUCUACGCUAGAUUAAUUCGUGGUGAGAUUGCCUCCUCAUCGUCGGUCACUGAGUCUACAUCCAUAAAUCAAAUUACCUUAUCGGCCAUCAAAAGUCGGUGAUGUGAUGUAAAAGAUUAUUCUCUAUUUAUAUUGAGUAUGUCAAGUUUCUAAGAGAAUUUAUAAUGUACCACAAGUAUUGUUCC